ACUUCCUGUCAUGUUCGGAGGUGAAAAGCAAAUGCCUGCUACUACAAGAACUCGAGCUUCUCGCCACCAUCCCAUCACUUUACCCUGUCCCUCCUGUAACUCUACGGUUAAGCUUCUCCCUGCCGUAGCCAACACCGACAGCAGCAGCAGACAUGUACAGACACGACGACGCCGUUCAGCCCCGCGACCGACGAGCAUGGACCGAGGACGAGGAUGAGCUCCUCCGUCAGGCUAUCGAGAAAGAGGACGGCGACGCCAACCCCCCGUCCAAGUGGCAUGCCAUCGCCAAACACAUACCCAAUCGCACGAACAAGGACUGCCGCAAGCGUUGGUGGGCUCAGAUGGCCACCCGCGUCUCAAAAGGCUCCUGGAGCGCAGAGGAGGAUGAGCGUCUCUUCCAGGCCGUGGAGGAACUCGGCACGAAGUGGGCAGCUGUCGCCAGUCGGGUCGCUACCCGGAACAGUGGCCAAUGUGCGAAGCGGUGGAAUGACGCUCUCAACCCGGCAAUUGAUCGUAGCGGAUGGACUCCCGAAGAGGACGACCGGCUUCUCAAGGCGGUCGAGCAGCAGGGCCAUUCGUGGGCGAACAUCGCCCGCACAUACCUUCCAGGCAGGACUGGCCUCGCGGCCAAGAACAGGUACAACCACCUCAUCCGCGGUUCUUCGGAUCGCUCUCCGUCCGCGCGAGGACGCCGCAUGUCCGCAGCGACGGCGAUGAGGCGGCGCAGCACCCGGGGGUCCUCCGUCUCCUCCAUCUCAACCCCGUCUUCCUCGCGCUCCACAGCCACCCCGCCCCCAUCAAGCAGCGGCGCAUCAAGCCCGGAAAGCUCCGGCAUGCCCCCGACGCCGACCGAGCUCUACACGCUGCACAACCCGCUCGAGUACCGCACAAAAUGGGGCGCGUCCCUCGCCGAGACACCUCUCUACGAGGACCCGACGGCGCUCAGCAUGGCGCACCACCACGCGGCGCACGCCCAGCAGAGCGAGAGCGACAUGAUGAACAUGCUCCUCCAGAACUCGUUCCACGACUUCCUCGACCCGAACAUGGACCCCGCGCUCAGCGUCCUGCACGCCCCGUACGGCCUCGAGGCCGCGCAGUGCACCCCGGGCGUCAUGCUCUCGGACGCGUCAGCCGGUGCCGGCGCCAGCGAUCCAUGGGGCGCGCUCAGCGCAUACCCGUACCUCGACCUCAGCUCGCUCGACGCACACGGCGCGCCGCCACAGCUCACGCCCUCGAUGUCGAGCAGCGGCGAGAGCAGCGUGAACAGCACGCCACAGCUCAGCCACCCGCACUUUGGCCUCGGCCGCGCCGGCGGGUUCGCGCAGGUGCAGGAGCCGCCGCACGUCGCGGCCAACUUUGCGCAGUACAUGCACCAGCCGCUCGAGGACCCCCGGUUGUCGGCCGCGCUCGCGAUGUGCGACCCGUACGCGACCGGCCAGCUGUCGCAUCUCAUCGGCCACAAUGGCGUGUCGCAAUGAUGCACGCGGACACGUCAAAAAGCGCAAAUCUUCCCCUUGCUGCCUGUAAAAUAGCGGCCCAUGUAGCACUAGACUUCCUAUGGACAUGCAGAGAUAACCAUGAUCCCCAUGCCCAGACGCCUUCUUGGGGCAACGACGACCACACAGCUAUCCCUCGUAAUUUUAUGACUCGUCUCUUGUUAGUUUAUGCUCUGGAAUGUAGUAUAGAACCCUGUAUAUUUGUUCAUUGAUAUCUCCCAUAGAGGUUUCGGCCG